CUGCGAUCCGCAUCAUGUUCGGAGUAGGCUCAUGGCUCUCUGGCAAGAAGCCAGGUGCCAAUGCCUCGACUCAGUCGCUGGACUCCUUAUCCGAGUUACAAGAUCUGGACGAUGCCAUGAGAGCUGCGGAAUUGAUCCUCAACGAUGACGUUGAUGGUGCAGAAAAUGGCCUUUCUGGACGGAUAUCUGCUUUCCAUCUUCUUGGAAGAGGCGUGGUUGCAUUUAUUCGGGCAACACUCGGGUUUGAACAGGAAAUUAUGCGCCAAGCGUCGGAUCGACUCAACGAGGCGGAAACGAGAGCCAUAAGCGAUCAACAGCGGGCAAAACAUAAUUCCCAUAUGCCAAAUUCCUAUCACUCGGAAAUCUACGCGCCAGGGACCGAGUUUGUUCUCUGCCAAGCAAUGGCCCAACUGAUGGGCGCUGUCAUUGGUGUCCUAAACGAAAGUCUUACAGAGAGUAUAAAAGGGUUCUAUAAGAUGAGAAAGGCCUAUCUAGCGCUGGACGCAAUUUUGAAAAUGGAGCAGAAGUUCAUGCAAAAGAGAAGGUCUGAACCAACGUCACCUGUCCUAGCACCGUCCUUGAGUCAUGGAUCGGGAGCAGAAGCGACAGCUAAAUUGGGCGCGCUUGUUGGUUCAGCAGAGUUGUCCGGCGAUCUGUCCAAUCUAAAUAUCAACAACGAUUCUACCGCCGCAGAAAAACCAGGGGAUGCUAACGCAGCAUAUCUACUCACUCACGACCCCGAUUCAGACAUUUUCAAGAACACAGUCGAUGUUUUUGUGCAUUCUGGAGCCAAUUUCUGUUUCGGAAUUCUACUGCUCCUCAUUUCAAUGGUCCCCCCGGCCUUUAGCAAACUACUGGGUAUCAUCGGAUUUCAUGGCGAUAAGGAACGUGCUCUAAGAAUGCUCUGGCAGGCUAGUAAAUUCCACAACCUAACUGGUGCUAUUGCUGCAUUCGCCCUCCUUGGUUACUACAACGCUUUCGUUCGCUACUGUGAUAUCAUGCCGGACAUCAUACCCGGGGAGAACGGGGAUAUUCAAGGCUACCCUCGAGAGAGGCUCGAGUCUCUCUUAGCCCAAAUGCGAGAACGGUUCCCUAAGAGUCAACUUUGGCUCCUAGAGGAAUCCAGAAUGAACGGGGCCAACAAGAAGCUUGAUGUGGCGUUGAGUCUUCUGUGUGGUAAUGAUCACAGUCCGCUCAAGCAGGUCGAAGCGUUGAAAGUGUUUGAGAAGAGUUUGAACGCAAUGUAUCUCCACAGAUACGAACUAUGCGCUACCUCUUUCGUUGAGUGUGCCAACUUGAAUUCCUGGUCGCGCUCCCUAUACUACUAUAUUGCUGGGUCUUCGCAUAUCAGCUUAUACAGAGAUUUCGCUGGUAAAGAUCAAGCCAAGGCCGCGGCACACGCAGAAAAGGCAAAGGAGUAUUUGCAAAAAGCGCCCCAGUUCGCCGGAAAGAAACGAUUUAUGGCACGACAGCUCCCCUUCGACGUCUUCGUCACCCGCAAGAUCGCCAAGUGGGAGGCACGAGCAAAAGAAUGGAAAGUCCCCCUUGUCGACGCAGUCGGGGUAGACCCCAUUGAGGAGAUGAUUUUUUUCUGGAACGGCCAUAGCCGAAUGACACAGGAGCAUCUCGAACAAUCACUCGCCAAGCUUGCAUGGUUCGAAAGCGACGCGAACAAGAUGAAAUACCGUGAAGGCGCAGAGGAAAAAGCGAUUCUGCAGCUUUUGCGUGCGGCCGUAUUGCGUUCCAUGCGUCGUCAUACAGAGGCCAAGAAAAUCCUCCAGGCCGGCGUUUUCAGUCAGGACCGUACAACAUUCAAGGGCCACCUCAAGGAUGAUUGGGUUUAUCCGGUUGCCUACUAUGAAAUGGCGGCGAAUCUCUGGAUGGAGCGCCCGACAUAUAUAGCCACGCAUGGAGCUCCAGCGCCGUCUUCGUUGUCGUCCAACGCGGCCACCACCACCACCACCUCCUCUUCCUCCUUGAAGGAGGAAAAUUCGGCGAAAUCCAACUACAGGACAGAAAAAGAACUAGUCCGUGAGUGCAAAGAGUAUCUGGUUAAAGCUGCUCAAUGGGAGAGCUACGAGUUAGACGCACGUGUCGGACUGAAAGUCACUGCUGCACUAGAGGCUGUGGAGAAAUGGGAAAGCACCCAUUCCACAACUCUAGGGUGAGAUAUCAAGCGAUGUGACGUGACAUGAUGAAUGAUGCAUGAUCAUACGGCCAUGAGCAUUGGACGGAUAGUGCAAGGACUUUUAGAGGGUAUUUCCUUGACUCUAGGCUAUCAU